AUGUUGUCGGCACCGAACACGGCCAGGCGCAUUUCGUCUCUCUUCAACCUCAAAACAAACAGAGAGUCCGCCGCCUCCUCCACCUCAUCAGGAUCUCCGAAGCAGUCGCCGGACCGGUACCUCGCUCCUGACCACAGACGCGCCCGAAGUCACUCAAGACCUGCUGUGCGACACGCUUCAUCGCCUCAACCCAAUAUCGGCGAAAGCGAAGGCCGCCCACGAACAAGCCACGGCGCAAUAGAGCCUCUAGACCUGGACACGCCCCUGCCCCCCCCUCCUUCCUUGCUCUCCAUCAAUCAGGAUCUGGACGACCCUGGGUCCCAGCGAGGCUCCCACAGCCGACAAGGGAGCAGAAGCUCAAGCCCGGGGCCAUCAAAAUCUUUCGACCCUCGCUCGCAUAACAGGAGGAAAAGUUGGAUGCUGGGUAAGGGCUCAGUGUCACUGCCUCGCCCGGAUACGGGUAUUCCUCGUCUGGAGGUUGAGGACCCGUAUUCGGGGGUUGAUGCGUGGAUUGCCGGACUAGAGCAGAAGAUUCCCUAUGAGUUGGAAGCAUUAACGCGAGGCGACCGGGUCCACGAGCUUUGGAACGAACAAGGCGACACCUUUGUUUACCUUUUCCCUCAAAAUACCCAACGACCCCCAUCGUUUAGAGUCGAUUCAUCUGUCUUUGCAGACUCGCCUUCCCUCACGUUUCUGGCUCGAGGUACCGAUCCAAAAAUAGAGACGCUUCGACAAUCAACUCGUACACUUACUGUAACGGAUCCCGAUGGUGCAACUGCGCCCGAGGACCAAUGGAUAAACGAUACUGCCAGCAAUGGAAGCAAUAGAAUGGCGCUAGUGGACGAGCCUACUGAGGAAGUCCAGGAGCUUCAUCUCUAUCUUCCCGUUCCUCUCCACGGCGAUGUGUCGAGCGCGGCCACAUCCCUUUUACCGGAGGAUACAGACACAUUGGUACUUUUUCGGAACCUGUUCGCCUUUCUGCUUGGCCAAGCUCUUGUGGCCGUGCCCAGACGCCCAAAUUUAUUCUCCAUCUUGAUGGAGGUAUCCAUUUUACUGCGUCGCUUCGAAUUCUCUAAUUUCGAUGGUUCUAAUUUUGGCGAAGUUGCCAAUUCUAGCUUUGCUAAUUAUUGUGACGAGCUUCAUCUCGCCGACGUUCGCAAAAGCCGAGAAAAAACCAUUGAAGCUGUUAUCCUGGGUGAAAACUUGCGUUACUACCCGCUCUACCUGGAAGGGUUUGUUCAUGGUGUCGGCAAGAUGGCCGACAUUAAGGAAUUAGAGAGCUCAAAAUACGGCAUGAUCAGCCCGGUGACAAGGAAACGGCUUGAACGUGGAUACAUUGACUUGGAAAAUCGACUGACGGUCUUGCGCGGUAAGCUCGACGAAUUCGAUUUCCCUGCCAUGUUUUCUGGCAUCGCAAACUCUACCACUGCAGUUGAAGGUAAAACCGUUCGUUUCAAAUCAUGGAAGCUAUCGUUCCUCGCCUUCAGGAAACAUGUAAUGGGCUAUUAUCGCCAUAAGUUUGGUUCUUGGCCACCCAAGGCAAAUUCCAAGAAGAACGAGUUUGAGGAGAGUGGUCUGAAUCGUUUGUUACUCAAGGAGGUCUACGAUGACUUCACCGAUCUCUACGACAUGCUAGUAGACCGUUCAUUAUUAACGACACGAACAACGGACAUGGCGACCGAAGACCUUGACGUUCCAGACCCAGAUGAAGUCGUGAUGCGAGCUAUGCGACGAAUGAUGAGCGAGUAUGAUCGCAGCACGCCUCCUGUGCUACCGCCAAUUCCAUUUGAUGUGCCACAAAUUCCCGAUUUACAGGCGCUCUACCGCAGGCCUCUGGAUCCCAAGAAAGACGCCAAAGAGCGGCAGAGGAAACUUAAGGACUCAGAGAUCAAUGAAAUCCUCAUGGCAAGCUACACUAGGGAGAGCUUGAAGCCAACUCCGUUUGUGGAGAGCUUCAUGCAAUUCGAGCGCCGCAAUGCCCACGGUAAGACAAUGGACGAAAUCAUGGACAACAGAAUUGGUCAAUGGUUGUUCCUUUAUGCCGUUCUCCAGUCACUCCCUCUGUUGGUUAUCGAUGUUUCCGAUGUGCGCUUCACCAAUGGAGUAGAAUACUUCCUCUGCGUCGCCCCUCGCGGCGGAGCUCCUUGGGUGCAGAACGAUGGCAAAACUGGACGCAGUUGGUUUGGUGUUGCUGGAGGACAGGGAGUUGUCAGUCUCCCUUCAGAUGUGGUCAACAAUGCCGUCGAUGCUGUAUACCGCCGCAGCCACUGUUGGCAGAUUGCCACUCAAUGGGCAGAAAAGAGCCAGGUCCUUGGCUCUCCGAUAACAACUGAGGAUGGUUCAUCAGUCUUCUCAUCGCCUCCGGUACCCCAGUCAUCGAUUGGGUCGAUCUCAGAUGUUCAAUCUAUGUUUAGUCACAGUGGCAUGUCGCCGCUUACCGCCCCUCGCACCGGAUCCCCAGGAUUCAUGUCCCACAAUCCUCGAGCCUCGAUUUACAACGGAUUGGAAGCUCUUCCGUUGCCCGCCGGUGUCAUGCCCGUGGAACCACCUGCGAAACCUUUUACUCGCAUGAACCCAACAAUGAGUUUUGAUGACAUUUUGAAAGAUAUACCCAACGGAAAAAAGAAAUAA